AUGUCACGAGACCAAGGACGACAGAGAACCGGUUACCAAAGGGUAAGCUCUCUUACUUGUAUUUAUCCUGGAGGCUCAAGAGGCCUCCCUCUUUACAAUGAUAUUUGUUCUGCUUGCACGCCCUCAACAUACAAGAUGUCAACUGCUCCAUGCUGCGUUGAGGAGGCAGAAGAGGAGGAGGACAUCUCCGCUCUCGAAUACGCACGUUUGAGUGGCCUCUCUCGUAACCAUCUCACCGAGCCUUUCCCUCCCUUUCCCAUACCUGACUUUCGAGACUUCGGUGACAGCCUCACGAGUGAUUCGCAUCUCCGGCAAUUGGAUCUCCGGGCCAGCUAUAGCACGGAUGAACGUCUCACCAUCUCGAAAGAUGGAGCGCGAUUGAUUGCAUGGGUAUCAAAUCCGGAACCGGAUGAGUUGAUUGAUGAUAUUGUGCGCUCUAUGCUUGGUGGCAGGGAGUUCAGGAUGAUGCGUCUGGAGUUGCCAUUGCUGCGCAGUGAUCAUGAAAUAGACUGCAGGGAAUUCGCCAGGAGAGAGGGUUUUGAAGUAGAGCUUGAGAACGUGAGACUGCCCCUGGAACUUCUAGAUGAGGAGAAGAAUGAAGGCCUUGGAUUCUCACCGAGAUUAUGGAAUCUAGGAGCUGAGAAAAUUGAAGAACUGAAGAGGGAAAAGAUAAGCGUUACGAGGGAGACGUUGCAAUACAUUCAAGACGCUAUUAGGCUUGAUUGGACUGAAGCUAAUGAGAAAGAAGUUCGGUCUAGCAUACUGAAAUAUAAACCGAAUACUGCUCUUGACCCUGUCACACCGCCGCUCUCGCCGAUUUCCUCUUCCCCAAAGAUAUAUGAACCAUCACCAUCCGACCCAGCCUUCCAAGUUCCAAUUUUGUCCGAUCCUGCAUCCCUCACUCGAGAAGACCUAUCCGCUCUUGAAAAACAUAUAUUUGAGCAGGAUGUCCCAACACCCAUUCGAAAUGCUGUUAACAAUUAUGAUGAAACAUCAUCAUGCACUUACACUGGAAGUGAAACAGUUAGAUUGGCAGACGUAUAUUCUCCGAUGGCAUCGGUAGAAAAUACCCUCGCAUCUCCUAUCACUGACACUUCACAUGUCAGGCGCGAGUUUCUUAAAGUAGAAGAAACAUUGACUCCACUAAUACCCGCGUCAAUUCCAAAGUCAGUCCAUUUCAGUGAUUUUAUUGAGGAAAUGCUUCUCGAUCCGUCAAGCUCUCCACCGUCAGACCCUUUCCAAAACACUCAUUUUGAGAAACUUUUUGGUGACGCAGCUAAAAGAGCCACCCGGCAAGUCGAACAGGAGACAUUGAUAGCUGCUGAUGCCACGGCGCGUGUCGAAGUGCCAGUGAUGGACUUUUCUCUGCCAGAUCCCCCGUGGAAGCAAUUACAGAAGCAUCAAAGCCCCGCUAUCUUCUUAUCUAUCCUAAAAGCGAUAAUCAACGAAAACGCCAUCGGCAAGGAGCUUCCAACGUGGCCUGGAUGGAAACAUGGAGAGAUAAAAUUGAAAUGGAACCCCUUUCCGCAUGGCCUAGCUCAAGUCGCUCAACAGGAGAAAUACCCCGAAGACGAUUCCGUUUGGAAAGUUCUCGUGGAGGGACCAGGGGAUGACCAGAUCAUCGAUACUUCGACUUUAACAUGGAAGCCACCAGGCUUGCGGAUUCUCAAAGACGACGAGGAUGAGGAAGAAGAGAUAGAAAAGGGCAAGUUUCGAAGGGAAGAUGUUCAAAAUAUCUCGUCUCUUGUUAAGAAACGGAGGAUGGAAUUCGAAGAGGAGAGGGACAAUCCACUUGGACAAGAACCCAUCCAGUUGAAGAAACACGGCCUUGACACCGCAGACGAAAUAGCAGCUAGACCAGCAGGGAGGCAGGGCACGCCAAAAAAGAGAUCCAUCCAAGAAGCUGAAAAAUUGCAGGACGAUCAAGUAGAUUCUGAAGGCUUCGGAUUAUUGAUGGGAGGAGUAUUCUCAGCUGGAAAUGCCCUCGACGCAUUUCUAGAACUCCGAGGCACGAAGAAGCCGAAGCUUACCAGCAGUUCGCACUUUGCCAAACCGCCCCAGCAAGCUCAGACUCAGGCCCAGACAACGCAAGCAGGGCUCCAGCAUCAGUCCGCAAUGCAACAUCCAAUGCGGAAGUCUCCAGUUACGAAGCCCGACCUUUUGCCUGCACCUCCCCUGCACCUCCCAACUGCACCAAUCAGCGCCGUAGUCUCGUCCGCUCUCCUCAAGCGCCGUGCCUUGAUCAAGCACCUUGAAUCGCAGCUCCCCGGUCUCACACUCAUCGAGCGGGAUUUUACAGCCCAUAACACGACUGCGUGGCUUCCCCAUUCCGUGACCCGCUCCCCCAUAGCGUCGCCGCUCGACUCCGAAGCAGACCUGAUCGUCUCGCCCUCUAUGGGAAUCAUCCUCACCACACUCCAGAAAAUCAAGCAGAAGGCACUCCCGGGGCAGAAAACCAAGCCCGCGAUCCGCGACCGGCUGGAGAAGGUCAGCGCGCGCUACGACAAGCUGGUCGUGCUGGUGAGCGAGGCGCGGGGAGACGAGAGCACCAAUGGUCUGGACGAGAACGAUUGCAAGGCGUUCAGCGAAUUCGUGGCUUUUGCCUUGGGCCUCGAGAUGGUGGUGCUGGUGCGGUUUGUGGGGGGCGGCGAAGAGACGAUGGCGAAGUGGCUCGUGAGCUGUAUUGUGCAACAUGCGGCUACACCGAAUAGUCUUCUGGAGGAGGAGACGCAUUGGGAGCUGUUUCUGAGACGAGCGGGCUUGAAUGCUUUUGCCGCCCAGGUUAUCAUUGCCGCUGUUAAAGCACCCGAGGGUGUCGAUCCACGGAGUCCUAGUAAGGCAGGCCAGUUUGGGUUGACUGCGUUUGUUGAGAUGGGGAGAGAGCAGAGGAUUGAGAGGUUUGGUCAAUUGUGCGGUAGGCGAUUGAUGGAGAGGGUUAGUUCCGUUUUAGACGCCAGGUGGGAAUAA